AUGAAUAGGCUCUCGUGCUUUUUGCUUACCAUUGCAUUGAUUGCUGGGUCUAGUAACGCACUCUUUGAAAAAAACAGUGUCCACUUCAAAAAUUCUCUUCGUCCGGGCAAUAUUCUCAAGAUUCAUUGUAUAUCGGACAGUGACGACUUGGGUGUUCAUUUUUUGAACCCUGGACAGACCUACGAUUUUAGUUUUCAUGAUAGUUUUUUGAAGACCUAUUUCGAUUGCACCUUAGACCAAGGUCUUAAUUUCUCGUUUCGUGUAGCUUUUCCAGCUUAUAAAAGUGGUGGUGGCCUUGUUCGUUUUGGUAAGACCAAUUUUUGGGAUGCUAGAGAAGAUGGCAUGUACUUCACACACGGUACAGAAGCUCCCAAAUUAGAGUAUAAGUGGGCACCUGUUUAA